AGAGGCUCGCAGCCACCGCUGCAGGGCCCGGGCGGCCGUAGAGGACGCGCGGCGACGAGUAUGGAGCGCGAGCUGGAGGAGCUGGUGGCGCGGCCUGCGCGCCCGGCAGAGCCGCCCUUCCAGGCGCUGGUGGAGGCGGCGGGCGGCCGCGGGCAGGUGCUGCUGGUGGGCGAGCUGUGGGAGCGCGAGCAGAGCCGAGCGCUGCUGCGGGACUUCGCCCGGGCAGUGUUCCCGCCCGAGCAAGCGGCGGGCAAGCCGGGCAGCGCGGGGGCUGGCACACCAGGGGCCGGGGCACCGGAGUCGCAGAGGGCGCCCGGGCCGGCGGGGGCGCGCGCCAUCCGCUCGCCGCUCGUCUUCGUGCUGUGCCGCGCGUCCUCGCUGACCGCCCGGGAGCCGCGGCGCCGCCUGCGGGAGAUGCUGCGGGACGUGCGCGGCCGCCGGCGGGCAGGGGCGGCGCUGGUCGGGGUGCUGGUGGCUGAGGCCGGGCCCGAGGACACGGUGGCGCCGGAGUUGCGGCUCCUGGAAGCGCUGCUGCGCACAGUGUUCGGCCGCCAGGCUGGGGGCCCAGUGCAGGCGGCCGCCUAUUGCCCCGGCCACCCGGCCUCCAGCGUGGCAGUCCAGGCGGCCGCCUGCAGGGCGCUACAAGCAGCCGGGUCCUCAAGACCAGCAGGACCCUGGGAGAGACCGAGCCUCCCAGCACUGCUGGCAUGCUUUUCCUGGGGUCCCUGGAGCCGGGGGAAGGAUCCAGAUGCCACCUCCCCCAGUGACCCAGCUCAGGAUCACCUCCAGGACACUGAGGAGGAGCUGGCCCUGACAGCCAUAUGUCCCAACGGAGACUGUGAGGACCCCAGGAAGGGGUCGAGAGCCUGUGACGGACUUGUCCCUGCUCCUGCUGACCCCGCUGUAGACUCAAGAUGAAGGCUGGACCACUGGGCCACCCGCACUCUUAACCUGCACACUGGGGACUGGCUCCUUCUCACUGAGCCCCCUUGCUUCCGUGUUGACCUUGGAAUGGUGGUAACUACAAAGGCCCCACCUGUCGGUGGGGGGCUGCUGCAUUGAACCAGCUAGGAAAACUUAGUUUCCUGGAACCUGCCCACCCCCACCUCACAUUUGCUCACUCCCCGAUCACAGUAAGGUUAUCUGGCCUUUCCGUACCUCAGUUUUUCUAUGCCAUUGGGACAGGUGGCUGUCUACCUUGAGGCUCUGUGGUGCUGUGGCAGCCCAUGGUGUGUUUGCAUGAAAAUCCAUCAUUUCAAGUGCAACUGGAAAGAACUCUGGAAUGGAAGGCAUCAGAUCGGGA